ACGUGAACGCUCCCACAGGAGCACAUCCAUCCAUCCAUCCGUCUCCUCCAACUAUAAUGUGUAGUCCUGGAGCCAGAGGAAAAGUUUAGGGGAGAGGAAUUUAGGGGCAGUUACUGGCCAGCGGGGCUUUAAGCGACUUCAAAGGGAGGACAGAGAAAACCUAACUUACUUUAAGAUCGUCAUGUUUUUCUCCUAAUGUUGGCGUUGCGGCUCGCCUCUUGCACGUAUAAACCUCAUUUAGUAAGUUUGGGACACUUCUAAGGAGCAAUGGCUGACCAGCUGAGUUUCUUGAAUCACUCGGAUCAGGGCUCCAGCAGCGAGCGAGGCGACGAUUCGCCGUCUGCCGUGUCUGAGGAUGAUUCGAGCGGCCACUGCGGCCACAUCUCGCCGCCUGACCCUGACUGGACCGAGGAGAGGUUUCGAGUGGACCGCAAGAAGCUGGAAACUAUGUUACUCGCUGCUAGCGAGGGGAGGAUAAAUGGAGGAGAGGAUUUUUUUCAAAAGGUAAUGGAUGAAACCAACACUCAGAUCGCCUGGCCAUCCAAACUGAAGAUCGGAGCCAAGUCCAAAAAAGAUCCACAUAUCAAAGUAAGCGGCAAAAGGGAAGAUGUGCGAGAGGCAAAGGAGAAAAUAAUGUCCGUUCUUGACACAAAGAGUAAUCGCGUGACUCUGAAGAUGGAUGUAUCGCACACGGAGCACUCUCACGUGAUCGGGAAAGGAGGAAAUAACAUCAAACGAGUGAUGGAUGAGACGGGCUGCCACAUACAUUUCCCAGACUCCAACAGACACAGUCAAGGGGAGAAAAGCAACCAGGUGUCGAUAGCGGGGCAGCCGGCUGGCGUAGAGGCGGCGAGAGUUAAAAUACGAGAGUUAUUGCCGUUGGUACUGAUGUUUGAAUGUAGUGGGGUGGUGAAGCACGUGGACUGUAGCUCACCUGUAGUUCAACAUAUAUCCCACACUUACAACGUCUCAAUCUCCUUUAAACCACCCUCCUGUCUCUAUGGCAACACCGCCAUUGUCCGCGGCAACCAGAACAAUGCCAAUGGUGUUAAGCGUGGUACGGCUUUGUUAUUGGAGCACCUUGCCGGGUCUUUGGCCAGCUCGGUGCUGGUUAGCACACACCUGGACAUCGCACCCCAGCACCACCUCUUCCUUCUGGGCCGCAAUGGGGCAAACAUCAAGCUCAUCUCCCAGCGCACGGGAGCCCACAUACAUUUCCCCGAGCUCAACGGGCACUCGCAUUCUCCCACACAAACUAGCCGCUCAACUGUCUACAUACAGGGAAACAUUGACGCCGUGUGUACGGCUAGACAGCAGCUGAUGGGCUGUCUGCCGUUGGUGCUGAUGUUUGACAUUAAGGAAGAGAUGGAGGUGGCGUGUCAGGUCAUCACUACGCUAAUGGAGCAGCUAGACGUCUUUAUCAAUAUUAAACCUAAACCCAAACAACCCAGCAAGUCUGUUAUAGUGAAGAGCGUCGAACGGAAUGCUGGGAAUAUGUAUGAAGUACGUAGGAUCCUCUUGGGUCUGGAGUCAAGCUGCAUCGCCUCUGCUAUAAAUAAUGUUGCUGUUAAUGGACAUAACCCUGCCUCCCCUCCUCUGAUUGGCUCUGUUGGACUGGACACUCUAGCUUCAGCUGGACUGAGGCUAAGCACUCUGGCUGGUCUUCUAAGCUCAUCGGUCAGCCCCAUUUCUAAUGGUUCUCCCAGUCCAAACUGUGUUCUUAAUGGACACGGCUCAGCUUUAAACAUCCAGAGUGGCUCAGUGAACAACUCGCAGCACAUUCAUAUGGCUCACACACAUUCACACACUCCCAGUCACACAGCUUCCCUUUGGGCCAGUGCUCUCACUUCAACCGGUAACACAGGAGGGUUUUCCUCAGACCUGAUAUUGCAGUCUGUGUCUCAGUCGACUCUCAGCGGCCUUCUGCUCUCUGGAGUCCAGAGUCAAACACACAGUCACACUCCAUCCCCUCCACCUGGACUCGCACACAUACACAAACCAGCCAAUGGCGAACAUCUCAAUGGACACCUUGGUAGUUCUGUGUACAGUCGAAUGUCCUCUGUAUCGCUGAACCCCGCCCACUGUGACACGGGCCAGGAAGUUAUUGGACACACCCAAUCAGAAUCCAUGUCUACUAAAUCAACAGAUGAAGGCUCAGACACGUUUGUUGAAGUGGGCAUGCCCAGAAGCCCGUCUCAUUCAGCCAAUGGGAUUGAGCUAAAGCAGAUGCUGGCCUCUUGCACAACAUCGUCAGGGAAACGACAAACAGUGGAACUUCUCCAGAGAACCAAGAACUCACUUCUGCACGUGGAGUGUGUGUUAGCAGAUUCAGAUUGCGAGAACACGAUGGCUGAUAAAAGAGCACCAGGAAGUGAGAGAGCUGCCGAAAGAAGACUCGCCCCUCAUAUACAGGCUUUUGACUAUGAAAAAAAGAAGCUUCUGGCCACUAAAGCCAUGUUAAAGAAGCCAGUUGUGACUGAGAUUCGGACCCCCACGGAUACCUGGAGCGGCUUGGGCUUCUCCAAAUCAAUGCCAGCCGAGGGCAUGAAAGAGCUGCGCAGGGCAAACCAUGUGCCAUACAAGCCCAGCAUGAGCACAACAUAUGAGGAUUCUCAUCUGUCUGUGUCAAACUCUGGGAGUAAGGAAAGUUUGUGCAACGGCACAGAUUCCGACAGCUGGGGGGAUCGCAAUGGAAACGCUAACAUCAAUGGAAACAGACUUUCCGGAAACUCCGAAUUUUCACCUGCUGUCAGCAGCCCAAAUAGAACGAAGAACAAAUCUAGUGAGCAGUAUCUGAGCAGCAGAAAUUACAUGGACAGUAUUUCUCUGUCGGGCAGUAAUGGCUGCUCCCUCAGUUCCUCCCUUAAAGGAACAGAACUCCCUGAGCUUUUCAGCAAGCUCGGCCUAGGCAAAUACACGGACAUCUUCCAACAGCAGGAGAUUGACCUGCAAAUGUUUGUCACACUGACGGAUCAAGAUCUAAAGGAGCUGGGAAUCACGACAUUCGGCGCUCGCAGGAAAAUGUUGCUGGCGAUCUCAGAGUUGAGUAAGAGCCGGAGGAAGCUCUUUGACACGCCCAACAUUCGCUCCUCUUUCCUAGAAGGCGGAGCCAGCGGUCGCCUGUCGCGCCAGUUCCACGCAGACAUGGCCAGUGUCAGCGGUCGCUGGUGAUGUCUCACAGGUGCCAUGAGCUUCAACCAUGAGUUCAACCAGCCAUCCAUUAACCCAAACUUGGAACCGUGGACCACAAACCACUUGAACUUCUUUUUACCGGACUACGGUUGCUAUAUAGCUGAAAUGGGAUCCAAGGGAAAUUAGUCAAUAUCGAGAACGUGUCAUAGAUGUCGUCUCGCAUUUACUUUCGGUCAACAGGCAAAAGGCAGAGAUAAAAAACUAACCGUACUGUUUGCAUGCACUUCAGUAUUGGUGUCUAGCACUUUAAUCUGUAAACUCUGCUGUUUUUGCCUGUGUGUUGUUUGCAUCUCUUUUUUUUUGUAACUUCAGUGUAUCCAGUGCCAAAGUCAAAUACAUGCACUUAUUUAGCGUGUCACACACAAAGAUCAUUGCUGUGUUGAAUUUUUAAAGACAUUUUAUUUUAUAGUUGUAUUAUGUUUUCAUAUUUUAUGUUAAUCUUUUUAAGAGGCAUUAUCAGUUUACAUUUAUUUUCUUUUGUUCAUUUGGUACAGCUUUUCAGUUAUUGUUUGUUGUUUAGAUUGUGGUCUACUCAACCAGAAGUCCUUGUAGUCAUCUCAAACAGAUGUCAGUCAGAGCGGUUUUUUUGUGUGUAGAUGAAGUCUGCUUUUCGUGAAGAAUGAAGAACAGCAGUGAAUCAUAAAAUUCCAGUUGGUUGUUUAAGAAAUUUUUGUUCAUCAGUUGAAUUUAGGUUUUAUGUGUAGCACAUCAAAUUUAAGAUGCAUUAGGUACUAGACCUAAACUUUUAUCAGGUCUAAAUUCUGAAAUUUGUCUCUUGUCAUAUGCCAAGUGUAUUGUGUCCUUGUUUUUCACUAAUAAGCCGUACUUCAUUUCUUCUUGACCAGAAGUUACUAUUUUGCAUCUGCUUAGACUUUCUUUUCAGACCAGAUUGUAACUAUCGUCAGUGGAUGUAUUCAGAGUAAUCAUUGUUAUGCAGCCUUUGGUUUGUUUUCAUUAUGAAGUUUGUAGUACAUGCAGUACAAGCUACAAAAAAGAUGGUAAAAUACAUAGAAAGGGCUUUUCCAACCUAUCUAUUGCUAAAUACUUUUAUCAUUUGCAACCAUGGUAAUCUCUCCCUUUAGUUUUUUUAUGAAAGGAAAAAUACUGACAGUCUCUGAAGUAUUGCACAACAGAUUGUGGUAUUCUUGUAUUUGCUCAGUGAUAUUAAUAAUGUUUAAUUGUUGCUCAUUAAGUCCAGAGUGAAAAACGUGUUAAUGCGAGAAAUAUGGACAUGUAGAGAUUAUAUUCCUCACUAUAGUGGAACCAAUGUAUAGGUUACAUUUAGUACAGAGCAGGGAUUCCUCUGAGGUUUUGUAGUCGAGAAUUGUGUUUGUUCUUUUCUUCUGCGUGUAAGAAAUCAUGCCUGUUCAUGUAGUUAUUUCCUGCUUUUACCUGAAAUAACUUCACUGUUUCUUUCGAGGGAACAACUGCUUUGUUCUGUUGUUCUGUUAAUUGUGCCUUCCUCCUGGAGCAGUGUUUUUCCAUAUGUGACACUGGUAUUUGUACCACAUUGAAAUCUUUGACAAAGGGAACAGAGUUAAUGUUUUUGCCUUUUACGAAUGUUCAAUAAGUCCAAACCGGUGUCUUUAAAACGGACAGAAGCCAUUUGUAGAACCUCUCUUUGAUAGUUGAUGUUGUCAGUUAGUGUUGUUUCCUCUCUGAAAGAACAGAAAAGGGAAUUUAAAAACAUGGAAGAACAAAUAUUUGAAAUGUUUGCCACAUUUGUGGCUUUGUUCCGGAAAAUAAAAGUGUAUGCAACCUAAA